AUGAUGAAAAGGACAAUACUUUCCGUGCAGCGUGUUUGUGCAGUGGGCUAUGUCUUUGUCUCUGUGCUAUCCACGGCUAGAUGCUUUCUCCUAAACGGCAAUCCUGGGGUAUUCGUAAGCACAAAGGUAAUUGGAGGUGCUGAAGCAGCAGCUGGUUUUGUUGAGGUAAACUCCAGUGAGUUCUUGGGAUCUGAUGAGCGAUCCAGCACUUUCCAUGCUAUCUCAGAGAAGUGUUUGAGAGACUUGGAUGAGUACAUUCAAAGAGACCAAAAACAGGAAAGCAGUAUUUUGUUCGAUAACAGCAGAAGACUCAAUACCGACUUAGCCUCUGUCUACAGAACUCUUUACUUCCUGGAACUCUACGGCAUCACCGACAAACAGAGAAACAGCCUAAUGAAUGCAUGCAUGGAGUACGACAGAGAAAAAAUAGCAAAAGCCAUGGUUGAUAUAUACACAUCGCUGGUUGCCAAGGAAAGCUACUCCAUAAAAGUUAAAUUGGAGGGAAGCAAUGAUCUUAUUAGCACAACGCCUUCUUUCUCUGUUAAAGACACCGAUUUACAGAACUUUAUCUGCAGAAAGAUGCUCUUGAACUAUUCGCAGAACGGGAAAUGCAUAGACUUUAUCGAGAGAGCGGUCGGUCUUUAUGCAGAAGAAGAGAAAAAGGUAAAGAAGACAGGCCUCUAUGCAUCUGUAGAAAUUAAAAAAAAGUACUCUUCAGUCUUUGCGGAUGCCAAGAGCAAUACUUCCAAAGAAGCUAUGCCAAGACCGGAAAACAAAUCUGUCUUUAGGCCCGUAAACAGGCUCAUAUGCCCAUUUGAAGAAUGGAAAAAGACCAUUUUGAGAGAUGGCUAUGAUGUAGCAACAGUUGAAAUACCCUGGAGCUACUUGGAUGCAAGAAUUUUUGCUAACACUGAUCUUAGCUUUGACAUGGCCGUGCUUGAAAAAAUAAUUAACAGCAUUAUAAGACUUGAGAACUUCAAAGAGCUUGCUGAGCUAAUCGACAACCCAUUCGUGGAGAAAAGCGCAGGUUCCAUAAGCUCGCUUCUUUUCUUCUUGAAAAACUGCAUUAGCAUCUACCACUCUUCUCUUGCAGAGAGAGAUGCUGCAUUUACUCUUGUAACUAAAGCAAGGAUCUGCAGCAUAGUACUAAGCUACAUUAAAGGCACUUUAACUCCAACCAUUUUGCAGAACCAUCUGGAAGUGCUCCUUGGCGACAUAAUGCACAACCUUAUAAAACUGCAGAUUGUGAAGCAGAUAGAAAUAGCUGAAAAGUUCGCACUGAGCUGCCAAACAGAAAUCUACAAAAAAGAAAAAAGCAUCUUUAGCUACAUAUUUUCUAUCGACUCUUCACUUUCAAAAGACCUUGCUCCAAGGCCAUUGCAGCUCCCUCUUCCUUCUCUGAUAAUCAGCUCUUACUUGGGUAGCAAGUGUUAG